CUGCCCACUGCUCCGAGUGGUCUCAUCUCUGACACCUGUCGCCAGUCACAGCUGUGUCACGUGAGGCACUGUGAUUAGAAAAUGUAUUUAAGUUGGAGUUUUGUCACUGGUGUUUGCCAGUUCUUUCUUGCAUCCAAGGUUACUCCCCCACUGUGCCAUUAUAAUCCAGUCACACUUUUGGUUACGCUCUUUAGUUGACUCAUCGUUAUCGGACAUUCUUUCUUGUAUUUUGGAUCCUGCCUUCUCGGACUGUGUUGUCGUGCACAACUUUUCAUAAUAAAACCCACUGAACAUCAUGUCCUCGGCUCGGAGUCCUGCGUUUGGGUCUGCCCGUGCACCGUUUGGUUCAUGCCAACAAUUAUUAUUUUUAACACUUUAAAUUUAUUAAGAAAGAAGUCAUUUAAAGAUGAGUGUCUGAUUGGUGUUUUGAAAAAAGUGAAAUGUUGUAAUUUUACCUUGAGGUUUCAGUUUAGUGACAGCAUUACUGAGGGAAUGUGAGAGGGUACCCCCCCCCCCUCCGCACCCACCAAGAAAAAACGCAUACUCGAACCUGGAACUUUUCAACUGCGAGGAAGAGGUGCAGACCACCCCGCGCGCAGACAUCCAGCGACGUCACACUAAGGUGCGAGAAGAAGAAGAGCGCAUUUUUCCUCCCUUCAUCAUCCAAAGAAAACACACGGACACACCGUGCAGGUCCUCCUCCACUGAGUUAUUUCCUAAGUCGACCCGGCAGAACCGAACAGAACCACACGUCCGUGCGCUCUGCCUCAUCAUCACUGGAAGUUAUCUUUUUUUUUUUUUUUUUUUUUAAUUGAUUUUAUAAGUGUUCAAUAGUGCUGCGGGAGUGGGUGACGUUUUAUGACGCUCCGCUGGCGGUUCCGACGAAGCCACUUUUGGGUCGCGUUUGUCGGGGAAUUCGCAACAAUGAGGACGUCAAGCACACCGCCGGACCUCUCCUCAGUCACCUCUUGACCGACUUCACUCCUGCGCAUUAACAUGCGCCCGACGGCAGAUUGGCGCUGGAUGAUGAACUUUGAUUGACUUCCUACUUUUUCUGGACACUUUGGUCAUUAAAAAAAAAAAAAAAAAAAAACUCCAAGAAGAGGAUUCUGUUUUUAUUAGCUGGAAGAUCCGAACCAAGCGCGCAAACAUGACGGUUCGCCUGUCUCGGAUCCAGCUGGCCCUCUUCUUCAUCUUGCUUUGCCCGGUCAAUAUCAUCGGAUUGUGGUGGGCUGUGGGCAGUCCCCUCUUGAUGGAUCCUAACAGCAUAUGCAGGAAGGCAAAGCGUCUGGUGGGGAAGCAGGCCGAGCUCUGUCAGACUCAGCCAGAAAUCAUCAACGAAGUGGCCAAAGGAGCCAGGCUGGGUAUUAGGGAGUGCCAGUACCAGUUCAGGUACCGCCGGUGGAACUGCACGAGCCACAAUAAGUACUUUGGCAAAAUACUGCAACAAGAUAUCCGAGAGACGGCAUUUGUCUACGCCAUCACGGCAGCCGCUGUGACCCACGCAGUGACGCAGGCGUGCAGCAUGGGAGACCUGCUGCAGUGUGGCUGUGAGGCCACCAGGAACCGAGCCCCCCCAAAACCUCUGUCGUCCUCCUCACGUGACGGGGUCAAGUGGGAGUGGGGCGGCUGUGGAGACGACGUGGAGUUUGGUUAUGAGAAGUCCAAACAGUUUAUGGACGCCAAGAGGAGACGAGGCAAGAGCGAUAUCAGGACGCUAAUCGAUCUGCACAACAACGAAGCUGGCCGACUGGCAGUGAAGCUCUACAUGCGGACAGAGUGUAAAUGCCACGGACUGUCCGGCUCUUGCACAUUACGCACUUGCUGGAAAAAGAUGCCUCAUUUUCGUGAGGUGGGCGACCGUCUUCUGGAAAGAUUUAACGGGGCCUCCAAAGUGAUGGGCGGCAAUGACGGCAAGACCCUGAUCCCAGUAGGCCAGAACAUCAAGCCCCCGGAUAAGCAGGAUCUGAUCUACUCAGACGAGUCGCCUGAUUUCUGUGUGGCGAAUCGUAAAACGGGUUCUCUGGGGACGCGUGGCCGCAUGUGCAACAGCACCGCCAUGGACAUCAGUGGCUGCGAUCUGCUCUGUUGCCAGCGUGGCUACCGCGAGGAAACUGUGGAUUUGGAGGAGAACUGUCUGUGUCGUUUCCACUGGUGUUGUGUGGUCCAGUGCAAAAAGUGCUCGGUCCGAAAGGAGCUAAGUCUCUGUCACUGAUGAACUGGAGUCAAAUUCCCCUAACUUGUUGAAAUUUAUAUAUAUUUGCAUUGGUUUUUGGCAGUUGUAAAGCAAGAUUCUGACUAUCUUUUUUGCACCUGUCCUGCUUUACACCUUAGGAAUCAGAAUUUUCCUUGCAAUACUAUAGAUUUCCUUGAUUUCUAUUGAAAGCUGACUGGAAAAACUCAAUAGGCGCUUGACAAUGACAUAUGAGUAAACCACAGAAAUAUCUUUUUUCAGAACUACCUAUUAUUUUGGGGACUUUUUUUUUUAAAAAAUAGAAAACCAAAGAAUGUGAAUGCGUGUGUUUUCUAACCAAAGUAAAAUUGUGUCAAAUCUGUGAGGUAUGUCAGAAAAGCUCUGAGAACAGUGUCUCAAAAGAUACAUUUCCAGUCCAGACUACAACCUUCAGGUUUUCGCCCUUCGAAAUAAUGUUCGCCCCACUCAUGUCGCAUCAAACGAGUCUUCCGCGUGGCCCGGCAUGAAUUUACUAUUCAUGCAUUUGCAUUGACUUCAUACGUCAUGUGAAUAGUUCAGUUUUCGGCUGGUGUGAAUACAUUUUCUCAGCCUUGUCUGGCACACCCUCGUGCACACCUGGAAGGAUACUUCCGGAAUGGAUCCUGGAACCUUCUGGACAGACCUCGUGGAUCGAGCAGGGCAACAGCAGCACUUGAAGUGAACUGCUCUCUGAAUUUGAUGGGUUAUUUCUAAAUGACCAUCAACCAACAAUACCAUAUGUAGACACACUGACACCUUAAGGGUUCCAAAUGUUCUUCGUUGGUACUACAUGGUAUGCAUUCCAUUUGAUCUCUGCAUACAGUCGCUAAGCACAGUGGGUCACACGAGAAAAAAUUGCAUCUAGAUAUUGAAAAGUCAAAAUCAACCCUCACACUAACCUCAAGCAAGACAGUUUGGUUCUUUUGACGAGGAUGAAAACACUCUAAUCUGGAUUGGUGUUCUCAUUACAUCAGUAAACAGGGGGACAGUUCAACAUUACAUGUACUAUGGAGAGGCAGAUUCUGAGGCUGCGGGUCUUGUACCACAAAUGUUACCAACAUAAUGAAUGUAUGCCAAUAAGUGACUUCGGGCAGUGGUUAUUUUGGUCUCUAUCACAACUUUUGGCAAUGAAAUGAAAGAAGUUCAAAAACGUUAGUAUCCUUUUGUUUGUUUGGUUUCAGGGAUCAUUCAGACCACUAUUAGGCCUUCAGCAUUUAACAGCUUGGGUUUAGCCAUUUUUGUUCGCUGAGACGUUCAUUGCCCCAAAUUCACCAACUGACAUUGGAGCAAGACUUUUAUUACUAGCCAUAGCAAUUUUCUAAAUAGUUGACAAGCCACGCAGUGGAAGGCUUGCUACAACUGCCAUUGAUUAAAAAAAAAAAAAAAAAAACAGAACUCUCGUAGCAGGUGUCCGUGGAAACCCAGUGAAAGUGUGUAUAAAGGACUGCAUGGGAACUUAUUAACAAACGCUCGAUUCAGCUAAUUCUUCAGGGAGUAAUGACGUUUAACCUGUACAGAUUUGGAGCCUUGGUCAACCUGAAGUCGUAUGGAUGGCAAAAGUUAAGCCAUGUGAUGGCUACAAAUCUCAUCAUACGAGGGCUGCAGUACAGUUACAACGCUGCUCCAGUGUCAAUUGGUGAGACAUGGAGAUCUCAACUAAAUUUUAUGGUGAAUCUUCGGCCAAAAUUAUUCUGUUCUAUGAAAGACUACAUGUUAAAACAGGUUACUUGGACCAUAUGCCAAUGAAUAGAAAUGCAGUUCUGCCUGUCACUAUAGAGAGAGUCCUUGGGUUAAGACUGUCUCAACCUAAGACAUUUUGACUUUACGUCGCCCGUCCGCCAUUUUGUCUGGCUAAUGCUUGUCCGUGUUUGUGCGCCUGGAGUAUCUUAGCGUUUUUCGAUCUAGUUUUUAGACAAUAUCGCCCCAAAGAAGAAAGCUGUGUCUUUUAGCAAUGCUUCUGCAGCCAAAAGCAAAUCCAUGACCAUGGAAACGAAGCUCAAGAUCAUAAAACAAUUGGAGAAAGGAGAGACACUAACACCAGCAAGGCUUCAGUCGGUCAACCGUGGUGAAAAUUAUAAAAGACAAAGCCCGUAUUUUAGCGCAUGUGAAGGGGCCGUUCCUAUGUUGGAUACAAUGAUCCUAAAACAAGGUUGUCGAGAUGGAGAGGAUUGAGGACCAGGUUCCUUCGCAAUAGCUAAGCACAGCCUCCCCUUCUUCUCCAUCCACCUCUCAGCAGUAAUGCUAAGUACAUCAUCUCAUUUAUUUCAGUGUAUUUCUUUUUUAUCCAAAAUAUUAUGAUGUAAAUUCUGACUUUAAUGAUGGAAUCCGACUUAAGUCGAAAGUCGAGUUUAGUCACCACUGUAGGGACGGAUCUCAGUCAUAGACCGAGGACUCCAUGUAUGUCGUUUGCGCAGGUAGUGUAGAGGAACAUCAUAAGAGAUGAGAAUUGUGUGAAAUUGGAUAAUGGCAUACCUGACCAUGGUGGUUUGAAAUCACUGAGGACAAGCGGUAUGCAAAAUAAACAGAUGGACUGAACUCAUCUUCAGUAUAUUGCUUGAUGAAAAGAGACAUAUUUGCCACAUUUUUGUUUCACUGCUCAUUCCUCAUCAAUACUUGUAAUAUCUGUUCCGUAUCAUCAUAACUGUGGUUUUUAAUGCAUCUAUAACGCAAAAUCCUUUAUAAAAUUGAAAGUUUGUUUAUCGCUCUCCAAGUUUGUUUUUCAGCAGCGCCAGUGUAGCUCUGGACUCAACAGACCGGCAGUGACAGUUAUUUAUAUAAAGUUACAAGACGACUCAUUUCCAUCUCUCUCAGAAGCACUUUGACUAUCGCUGCGUCGGACUGGAAAGUUUUGUAGGAAUAUCUUUGGGGUUGGCAUUUUGUUCGGAACCAAAAUCGCUAUUGGUAUGAUAUUUUUUUUUAUUUGAAAAAACAAUGAUGAUAUACAGGGCUAUUUUUAAAAUGCACUUUUGGGUGGUUAGCUUUUUAAAAUGUAAAUAGCAUAUGUGUGUAUGUGUCUGUUCAUACAAGGUGAAUUUAACAGUUGAAAUCAUCUCUCUAGUCACUUUAAAAAACAAAACAAAAAAAAAACAAGAUAAUGCUCCCAAGCAGUGUGAACAAUUAGGUGAGAAAUCUGUGUGUCUGCGGUUGUGUUUGUGGGUUGACUAAGCAUCUUGGAAAAUGGAUGGAUGAUUAUCACCAUUUCAUGCAGCGGAUGUUGACAUAGAUGUGUCAGAAAAGUUCCAGGGUUGGUGUUAUAAAACUGCAGUGCUUUGAGAUACAAAUUUCAUUUGUCCCAUAAACGCACACAAAAGACUCAGUAUAUUUCUAAUUUCCAAUUCACCUAUUGCAGUUUUUUUCAUACGUCCAUAAUAUAUAAUAUUACAAUAAUAUAGAGUGUAUCCUAUUACUUCAGGAGUAAAAUAAACGUUUUAACAUAAAACAAAACUAUACAUGAAAAAAAUCAUGACAGCAAGGAAUAAAGUGUAUGUAGUGUGUAAUACUACUGUGCAUUACUGAAUUUUAGAGAGUUUAAAAGGUGCUCAAGAGUAUAAAAAAAAAAGAGUGUGGGCACGAUUAAUCAGUCCGGGAGUUGUGAUUAUGAUCGUGAAACAAAUAAAUACAAAUUAAAGUCAUGGUCGUUACUUUGUGGAUUUUACCAACUGUGGGUGUGAUCUGGAACUUAAUACCUUCGAUAAAGGAGGAUGACUAUAUCUCAAAUUGUCUUUCCCCAUUUAAAUGAAAGGAGAAGUCCUUUAUCCGUUCCAGCCUCUCCAAAAUACUCACAUUUUUCCAACUUGUUUUAAGAUUAAAAAAAAUAGCACACUAUUUAUUUUACUUUUAAAAAACAUACUGUGGUGACCUAAUACAAAGAAUGUAAAUAACUGAAGUCGUUGCCACAUUUUUUGCCUCGAUUCAAUGGAAAUUGUGCUGAAAUCUGGCGAGCAAUGUCCUAUAUCUUGAAAAGUUGAUUCACUUGUGUGCAAAAAAAAUCUAGACUACCCUUUGAAAGAACCUUAGAAUCUGACAGAGCCAAUUUGGUUGAACAAGGAGGUUAGUCCAGUCAGCAAGACGAUAUUCUGCUUGGGCAGGAAGUGUUCGAUGCUCGGGGCAUUGUGAGCAGGUGCGUUAGUGAGGCAUCCAUCAGUUGUCCUCUCACAAUCCGUUUUUUUCUGCUUGGUCACAGAAGAAGAGGAAGACUCAAAUAGUUUGAAAAUAGUAUUUCUUUUGUGACGUCAGUCCUGGAACUUUUCUGACACACAUUAUCCUUGUUUGACCGGCAACUCUUCCCUGGAUUAGGUAAAGCACACUACUUGUUCUCUCUUGUGUUCAUUUUCAAGUGGGAGUCUGAUCAUAUUCCAGUAAGACAGAGCACGUCCAUUUCCUGUAAAUCUUAGUAGUUCACUAUUUCUCAUACUGUAGUUCCAUAUCCUCACAGAUGAGCAUUCCCACUCAUUCGGUGCUGUUUAUGUUUGAGGAGACUGUUGUGAUUUUUCCAAAUGCCGCAUAAUUUCUGCUUUAAAACAAAUUGAAUGAAAAGCAGAUCUUCUUUGGCUGGAUGUUUUAGGGUUCAUAUGAAAUGGAAAACGUAAGCUUGGUUUUGGUACAUCAAACCUAACUUUGCAUCUUUAUUUUUAGUUGAGAAAAUUAUGAACAGCAGGGUGGAGUCUUUUUUGAAUGAAUGAGUUCAUAAAGUUUAUUUUCAAGAAUAUUUGAGGUCUGUCUGUCCGUUCAUUCACAAAGCAAUGAGAGAAAUGUAUUUUGUAUGUUGACUCAUCUCUGUUAGCAGUCAGUCCUGUAUAUUCGUAAGUGGUCAGCGAAUGUGACCUCAUCUAC